GCCAUCAUAUGACCAUUUGCGUAGACUUGCUGGUUAACGUUAGGAAAAUGGCAGCAUUUCUACAGUGGAGGAAAUUUGUGUUCUUUGACAAGGACACGGUGAAGGAUCCUAUAGAUAGCUUGAAAACAUUUGCCCUUCCUAAAGGAAUAUCGGCCAGCGAUUCCGGCCGGGGCCAUGUUGUCCUGGGAGAUAUGGAGGGCCAGAUCUGGCUGCUGAUGCGCUCCCUGCAGCUGACCUGGUUCCAGGCCUACAAGCUGCGGGUGACCCACCUGUACCAGCUGAAGCAGCACAGCAUCCUGGUGUCCGUGGGGCAGGACGAGCAUGGCAUCAACCCUCUGGUGAAGGUCUGGAACCUUGACAAGAGAGACAGUGGGAAUCCACUCUGCACCAGAAUCUUUCCUGCAGUUCCCAGCAGCAAACCAGCUGAAGUGUCUUGCCUUAGUGUACAUGAGAACCUGAACUUCAUGGCUAUUGGUUUCACAGAUGGUAGUGUGGUUUUAACCAAAGGUGACAUCACCAGAGACCGUCACAGUAAAACUCUGACUCUGCAUGAGGGGAGCAGCCCUGUUACAGGACUGGCCUUCCGUCAAAUGGCCAAAAUUACACAUUUGUUUGUUGCCACUCUGGAAAAAGUCUUUUGCUACACUCUAUCUCACAAAGAGUAUCCGAAAGUGGAGCUGGAUACCCACGGCUGUGCCCUGCGCUGCUCAUCCCUGGCAGAUCCGUCCCAGGAUUCCCAGUUCAUUGUGGCUGGGGAUGAAUGUGUUUACCUGUACCAGCCUGAUGAACGAGGGCCCUGCUUUGCUUUUGAUGGCCACAAGCUUCUAGCCAAUUGGCACCGGGGAUACUUGUUCUUACUGAUCAGACAUGUGAAGUCACCCAACAAAACAGGGUUUGGCAGCAGCGAGAGCUCACUGUCAGAAAAGCAGGUUUUAACCAUUUAUGACCUGGACAACAAAUUCAUCGCCUACAGCGCCUCAUUCGAUGAUGUCAUUGAUGUGUUGGCAGAGUGGGGCUCCUUCUACAUUCUGACCCGAGAUGGAAAAAUGUUUGUUCUGCAAGAGAAAGACACGCAGACAAAACUGGAGAUGCUUUUUAAGAAGAACUUGUUUGUCAUGGCCAUAAACCUGGCUAAGAGCCAGCACCUGGACAGUGACGGACUGUCAGAGAUCUUUCGUCAGUACGGCGAUCAUCUGUACUUGAAGGGAGAUCACGAUGGUGCCAUCCAGCAGUAUAUUCGCACCAUUGGGAAGCUGGAGCCUUCAUACGUCAUUAGAAAAUUCCUGGAUGCACAGAGGAUUCACAACCUGACGGCGUAUCUGCAGGCCCUUCACCGACAGUCCCUGGCCAACGCGGAUCACACCACACUGCUGCUUAACUGUUACACCAAGCUGAAAGACAGCUCCAAGCUGGAAGAGUUCAUCAAGAGCAGUGAGAGUGAGGUCCAUUUUGAUGUUGAGAUUGCCAUCAAGGUUCUUCGUCAAGCUGGGUACCACAGUCACGCCGUGUUCCUGGCUGAACGGCACCAGCAUCAUGAGUGGUACCUGAAAAUCCAGCUUGAAGACCUGAAGAACUAUCAGGAAGGUCUACGGUACAUUGGGCGUCUGCCUUUUGAACAAACUGAAAGCAACAUGAAGCGUUAUGGCAAGACACUCAUGCACCAUGUUCCUGAAGGCACCACAUUACUCCUGAAGCGCUUAUGCACCAAUUAUCAGCCCAGUGGAGACUCAGUUGAAAAAGUCAAUUUGGACAGUAGUCUGUUUGUCAAGGCAAAUUCUGAAGAGUUCAUCCCAAUUUUUGCCAAUAACCCUCGAGAGUUGAAAGCCUUCCUGGAGCACAUGAUCGAGGUGGACCCCCGUUCAUCCCAAGGUGUGUAUGACACACUGCUGGAGCUCCGACUGCAGGAUUGGGCACAUGAGCAAGAUCCUGAGAAAAAAACAGUCCGGCAGGGAGAAGCUCUGUCACUGCUCAGAAGUGACAACACUGUGUUUGAUAAGGCCUUGGUUCUUUGUCAGAUGCACAACUUUAAAGAAGGUGUCCUCUACCUGUAUGAGAAAGGCAAACUGUACCAGCAAAUUAUGCAUUAUCACAUGCAGACUGAGGAGUAUGGAAAAGUAGUAGAUGCCUGCAAGCGUUAUGGAGACCAGGAGGGCUGCCUUUGGGAGCAGGCUCUUGGAUACUUUGCCAGAAAAGAAGAGGACUGUAAGGCCUAUAUCAGUGAGGUCCUACAUCACAUUGACCAGAAAAACCUUAUGCCUCCAUUACUUGUUGUGCAGACACUGGCACACAACUCAACGGCCACUCUGUCAGUUAUUAAAGACUACCUCAUCAAUAAGCUGCAGAGAGAGAGCCAACAGAUAGAAGAUGAUGAAUGUAAAAUUUGCCAGUACCGUGAGGAAACUGCUCAUCUUCGCUCUGAAAUCCAGGAGUUGAAAGCGAGUGCCAAGAUAUUCCAGAAGACCAAGUGCAACAUGUGCAACAGCCCCUUGGAGCUUCCAUCAGUACAUUUCCUGUGUAGCCACUCCUUUCACCAGCACUGUUUUGAAAGCUAUGCAGAAAGCGAUGCCGAGUGUCCAACAUGCACUCCAGAAAACCGCAAAGUCAUGGAUUUGCUGCGCGCUCAGGACCAGAAGCGUGAUCUCCAUGACCACUUCAAUCGACAGCUCCGAAGCUCCAAUGAUGGUUUCUCUGUCGUGGCUGAUUAUUUUGGUCGAGGAGUGUUCAACAAACUGACUCUGGUCACUGAUCCUCCAGGGAGUAAAACUGCUGCGAGUUUAGAAGUCAACCUGCAGCGAGACCUGCUGAUCCACACCAAGCGAAACAGCUAGACAUCCCAGUCUUUAACUAUGUUCAUAGGCGACACUCAGACCAACUACUCAACCUUAUGCUUGCAUGGUCAUUAAUUUAUCAGCAAAGGCUCCACAAAAGCUUUAUGCUGGAAUUUGUUUUCUGAAUCACAGUUUUGGAAAUGUAUUUUGUGUUUGCUUGUAAUUCUUGCUCAAAGAGACUAACCAUUUUUCACGAAUAUGACGCUGUUUAUGAACUGGAUAAUUAAUAUUGUGAAAAUAAUUACGGUUUUUCCCUUACUCUUCAUGCAACACUUUCUCUAGACCAUCUAAACUUGAGACAUUGUCUUUGAUCAUCACAUCUAGAAUUUGUAUUUCGGUGUUAUUGUUUGUAACAAGCUGUUCACAAAGUUUAACCAUUUAUUAAUAAUAAAUGCCUCUAAACCACAAAAAUAAAACUAGUUUUAAAGGUGA